AUGCUUAUCAGGGUGUAUCUCGAUUCGCCGAUCCUAAAAACCGGCCUGGUGCUGGCUGACAUGCCUGGGCUCAGAGAUCUGAACUUUGCCAGAGUCAGGGCCACGGAAAGGUACCUGAAGCAUCACUGUGAUGAGGUGUUUAUUGCCGCAAAUAUUUCUCGAGCAUGGUCAGAUGAGUCUGUUCAUGAUAUCAUACGAAGAUGCGGGCAUAACCAGCCGCGGCGAAUCAUUUGCACAAGAUCAGAUGUAUUUUCACACCGUCUUUGCGGAGCUCUCGAUUCUAAUAUUUAUUUACAGGAGAUAUCAGCUAAGGAGACUGCUCGUGAAGAAAACUCAAUUCGUCUACAUAUAGAACGGAUGGAAAGUGAGCUCAAGAAAGUGAGAAACGACCUAGAAGAAGCCGAAGACAACCGGCGCGAUGCCGAUGAGGGUAAUCGCGCGGGAUUUGCUCUCAGAGAAUCUCAGCUUCGGUUGCGACCAAGAAAGAGAGAUGGAAUUUCAGUAGGUGUCCUUCACCUCAAAUCUAGGAUUGAUACUGACCAAUCGACCAGACUUGAUCGAUUCCUGAUAAAGAAACGAAACAAUCUAAUAUCGCAAGCGCUCACAAGAAAGUAUGAAGGCAUAAGGGUAUUUUGCGUGAGCAACACCCUAUAUGCUAAGCAUCGCGAGGGCCGACACCCCCAAGCCGAGGCCUAUGUGGACCUGGCUGGAAUUCGUGAGCUGCGUCGCUACUGCCAGCUGGUUCCGGCAGAGGCUCAGAUGCGCGCGGCUCGCGCAUUUCUAGAACGUGAAGUGCCAGCAUUACUUGGAUCUUUGCGCCAAUGGGUGUUGUCUGGCGCCGACCAAGUGACUGCAGAAAAGGCUGCCACGCUCCGAAGCUGUCUCGAGAAUGCGGAGCGAGUUCUUCAUCGGGUAUGA